AUGGAUUUCUUAACAAAUAUCAUUUUAAUUGGAGUGUUUUUAUUUUUAUUAAAAAUGUAUUGUAAUGGAAGACAAAACCUUAUUGAAAAGGACCUUAAAGACAAGGUUGUUGUUAUUACAGGAGGGACACAUGGAAUGGGAAUUGCCUUAGUUAGAGAAUUAUUAAAACGUCAUGCCACUGUUGUUUCUUUCUCAAGAAAUGAAUCAUUGGCACAACGGAUAUCCAGUGAAUUAAUUAAAGAAUUUCCAAAUGCACAAUUUGAACAUAUAACAAUGGAUUUAGGUGAUUUAAAAAUUGUAAAAGAAGCAACAGAAAUGUGUAUUGAAAAAUAUCCAGAAAUUGAUUAUAUUAUUGACAAUGCAGGAAUUCUUAUUUCACCGUUUACAAAAACUAAACAAAAUUUAGAAGGGAUAAUAGGAAUUAAUUAUGUUGGACAUUUUUUGUUUAAUUUAAAAUUACUAAAUGCUCUAAAAAUAAGACAUGGAAGAUUUAUAAUAACUUCAUCUAUUAUGGCACAAUUCGCUGAUAAGCCUAUUACUUUGGACUGUAAAAAGGAUCAUUUUAAUUGUUACCAAAGAUAUUCACAAAGUAAAUUAGCACUAAUGAUGAUGGCAAAAGAAUUAAGUCUUCAUGGAAUAGAAGCAGUUUCAAUUCAUCCUGGUGUUGUGGUAUCGAAUAUUCUUAAUAAAUAUCCAACCUUCAUUCAAUGGGGAUAUAAGAUUCUUGGGUUUUUUAUUUUUAAAAGUGUUGAAGAUGGAAUUCAAACAGCAUUACAUUGUAUAUUUUCUGAUUCUAUUGUUAAUGGUGGUUAUUAUAAAGAUUGUGAAUGUAGUACAUUAUAUAAAAGAGCAGAAAAUACUAUAGAACGUCAAGAAAUAUGGGAUAAAACUUAUGAAAUUAUUAAGCCUUUCUUAUAA